ACCUCUUAGUAACCAAUUAUUUCAGCGAUGGCUUCUUCAGUAAUGUCCUCAGCAGCUGUUGCCACCCGCGGUAAUGGUGCACAAGCCAGCAUGGUUGCACCCUUCACUGGACUCAAGUCCACGGCUUCUUUCCCUGUUUCAAAGAAGCAAAACCUUGACAUUACCUCCAUUGCUAGCAAUGGUGGAAGAGUCAGGUGCAUGCAGGUGUGGCCACCAAUUAACAUGAAGAAGUACGAGACUCUAUCGUACCUUCCUGAUUUGUCCGACGAGCAAUUGCUCAGCGAAAUUGAGUACCUAUUGAAAAAUGGAUGGGUUCCUUGCUUGGAAUUCGAGACUGAGCACGGAUUUGUGUACCGUGAGAACAACAAGUCACCAGGAUACUACGAUGGCAGAUACUGGACCAUGUGGAAGUUGCCCAUGUUUGGGUGCACCGAUGCAACCCAGGUCUUGGCUGAGGUGCAGGAGGCAAAGAAGGCUUACCCACAGGCAUGGGUCCGUAUCAUCGGAUUCGACAAUGUUCGUCAAGUGCAGUGCAUCAGUUUCAUCGCUUACAAGCCCGAAGGAUACUAAAUGUGUAAAUGUCAACAGUGAGAAACUGUUCGCAUUUUCCGUUUUGCUUCUUUCUUUCUAUUCAAUGUAUGUUGUUGGAUUCCAGUUGAAUUUAUUAUGAGAACUAAUAAUAGUAAUAAUCAUUUGUUUCUUUACUAA